AUGACCGGCAGUGUGUUCUGGGUCCAUGUCGACUCAGGCCACACCGCUGUGCAGACGGUUUCAUUUCUGGACUUGGUGCGGGCGUCCCGCACGCUUUUCCUCGGCGGUCGGUGGCCAAUGGACUUGCCCAUCCUCCUGCGUGCCUCAGAGGCCGCAGCAUGGCAGGACAGAGCGUCCGGUCUCAAGCGCUGCCCAUUGGUUGAGGGGCACGCGGUCGUGGCGGCUUUCUACAUAGGUCUGGCGCGGUCCAUCUUAGACCGCGAUGUCGGCGCCAUCCAGCAGUGGCUCGACUUGGCCGUGUGUGUGAAGCUGCAGGCCCAUGACUUGGUUACAUCGGCAGAGGACCCAGAUGGGGCGGUCCGAAGUGCCAUUUUGGGCCUGCAGUCGCAGGCACGGACGAGCACCCUCGUGUCAUUGUCGUGCUCCUAUAUCUGCUGGCUUCGGCGUCUCGAGACGGUCCUGGAAUCCCCGACAUACAAGGGCUGCACGCUGGCGGAGCAGGUGGACCUCCUGAAAGAAAGGGACAAGAUCCACUAUGUGGAUGGGCGCGAAAUGAACCGCACCCUCUUGAUCGGGAGCAAAUCCGCUGUUGCCAGCUUCAAAGACACUGCCACAUGCGACAUCUUCUUGAUGUUGGAGAGGCGCUGGGGCAGGACCUUGUUUUCUCUCCACUCGGAAAAGCUCCGAAUGCUUCUGAACGGCUGCAAAGCGGCGAUGCCUGGCAGUCUCGCGUAUGUGUUGGAGACAAUGUAUUUUCUGCUGCACUGUGGUCUUGUCCGGACAACGAAAUUCACGACGCACAGUAUGAACGCACUAAAGCACACCAGUUUCCUGGCGCUCACUCUCGGGGCAAUGCUUCUGUUGUCUUCGCUGGAAUCCAAAGCACGUGCAGAAGACGAGUCGCGAGCGACGGACGUCUUGGACGUCCUGGCCUUGUUUGCGCGGCCAGUGCGUCUCUUAGAGGGGGACAGGUAUGUCCAGACCAGCCGUGUGGAGGAGGAGGAGGAAGAGGAGGAGCACGACGAGGACCCAGCUGAAAAACAUGCUGGCGUCCAGCAGGAUGAUGAGGAGGAGGCGGAGCAGGGAAAGCCGCGCCGCCCAAGAGUGUCUUUGGGGUCAUGGUUCGAGGACAAGGAUGAUCGCGCUCGCAAGUUGGCCGAGAUCCUGCUGCAGGUCCUCUCCGGCGGAUACGCGAGGGACAUGGUCUUUUUGUCCAAGCACAAUCGCUUUGGCUUCUUGGCCGAAGGGGCGAAGGUCCAGGUCGAUUUGGCCGAAAAACUCUGGUCUGUUGUCGCGGAGGGCGGGGCCGAGCAUGCUGCGGCGACCACUGCAGCAGAGGAGGCAUUGGGGGACGAUGCCCAAGUGAAGCGCUGGCUAGAGAAGCGGACACAGGUGUUGCAGCUCCCGUUCAAAAAUCUCAAGACUGAGGCGGUGAGAGCUCAGCUGUGCGAAUCCUUUUUGAAGGCGAAGAGACCGAAUAAGGUGCUUUAUGUUUGGAACGGCGACAGCAUCCGGGAGAGGCCCAGCCAACCAUGGACGCGCAGAGGUGCCUUUGGUCGGUUUUCAAAGAAAAUCUUGAACAGUGUCUGCAAGAUUGCGCAAGACAUGGUCUCCAAGGGCGGCACCGUGGGCUUUUCGGACUACGCUGUCGCUGUGGGUUCAGACGGUGGCCUUCGAUCGCAGAGGCUUGUCCUUGAAAAGAACAAGGUCUUCGGUCUGUCUGCGAAAGAGAUCCUAGUCUCUCGCAGCCGCCGCGCCAAGAAGGAGACAACAAAGAAGCAGCGGGCCGAGGACGUACAACAUGUUUAUAUAGCAGCUGCCCUGACCUCGAAAAAACAGAACCAAGUGUUCCUCAGAGGCGUGGCGGAGAAGAUGGCGAGCUUCCAGGAUCUGGGGUUUCAUCGGCCCGCAUUCCCCUUGGUCUCGUGCGAGGCCACUCGGUGGUCACCAGCAGAACUGUUAUUGUAA